GACGAGGGAAGAGUGAGCACAUUGUGCGUGUGCAAAUAGUUCUCUGGUGGUGCGUGUCUACUGGACUCUGACACUCCGGGAACAUAGGAACUUGGCUCUUGUGUAGAAAGACAUGUGUUUCGUUUGACAUAUAUAUAUAUAUAUAUAUAUAUAAUUUUCAAUUUUCAAUUAUUACACGUAUUUUUUCUUUUUUUUUAACUAGAAAAAAUCGUACACCAAGUGAAUUUUUAAUAUUUUUAAAAAAAUAUUUCUUGUGAACAAUUUUUUAAUCGAUAGCAUUCAAAAAAAAUAUCACAGUCAAUUCUGCAGAGUUUAAAAGAUAGAAAGGGGGGAAUAAAAUAAAAAAAAAAUAGUGGGGUCAAUUUGAUAAAAUAUUGCGAAAGGAAAAAAUUUUAUUUACCAUGGUUAGAGGUGAGGAAAAAAAAGCAAGUACGAGAAUUGAUAUUGAAAAAGCAAAAUGGGAUCAAAGCAAUUAUACGGGAAGGGCCAGACAUUUUUUGACCUUGACGAAUCCCUUAAAUGUAUUUGCAUCAACGAGCCAAUUGGAGCGGGCUCGAGACAUCGUUCAAAAAUACAGGAAAGGAUCAACUUUAGAGGAAUUGAAAAUCACGGAAGAUGAAUUAUGGACGAAUAAAUAUCUUUACGACAGCGCCUAUCAUCCAGAUACUGGCGAGAAAAUGACCCUGAUUGGACGCAUGAGCGCACAAGUUCCAAUGAACAUGAUCAUCACUGGAUGCAUGAUGACGUUCUACAAAUCAACACCAGCAGUGGUUUUUUGGCAAUGGUGUAAUCAAUCGUUUAAUGCUCUGGUCAAUUAUACGAAUCGAAGUGGAUCAUCGCCAAUUCCAGUGGAAACUUUGAUACAAAGUUAUGUGGGCGCAACAGGAGGUGCUGUUGUCACGGCUCUUUCUUUAAAUCGAUUGGCGAAACGAGCGCCACCAUUGGCAGGACGUCUUGUGCCACUUGCUGCAGUGGCAGCAGCCAAUUGUAUCAACAUUCCUCUCAUGCGAAUCACUGAACUCAAAAAUGGCAUUGAACUUCAAAAUGAGAAUGGAGAUAAAGUUGGCAACAGUAAAAAAGCAGCGCGAGAAGCUAUUGCCUCAGUAACUGUCUCUCGAAUUCUUAUGGCUUCACCUAGUAUGGUGCUGGCACCCGUGGUGAUGAACUACAUAGAUCGCAAACAAUUGCUAAAAAAUGCAAAAUGGGCUGGAGCACCGAUUCAAGUGGCCCUUUGUGGAAUUUGUCUAACAUUUGCAACUCCCCUGUGUUGUGCCCUUUUCGCUCAAAGAGUCAAAGUUCCUGUAGAACGUCUCGAGCCUGAUGUUCAAGAACAAAUAUAUUCUAAGGAUAAGAGUCUAACAAAUGUUUUCUAUAACAAAGGUCUUUAAAUGUCAUGUUCACUAUUUGAAGAUAUUUCAUUCAAACCUCAUCACUUCCAGCAAUUGAAGUAUUGUCAAUUUAGCAAUAAGAUUUAUGUAGAGAAAAAGAAAAUAUAUAACGCAUUCUUGAGGGAUGCAGAACGCUAUAUCAAAACUAAAUGAUGUAAAUGAUUAUUAUUAUAUUAUUAUAACCAGGAAUCUCAACGACAUUCAUGAAAAAUUUUAAAUGAAUGAAAUAAAAUAUGCAUUUUUUGUGAUUAUUUAAAAUUUAUUUUUCUCCAAACUUAACGCACUUUAAAGACUUGUAAUCUCCACUAUGCUGUGAAACUUUAUGACAAUAAAGAAAAAGUUUAUUCAGUCUAAA